AUGAUCCAGCUGACAGCCACCCCUGCAAGUGCCCUCAUGGAUGAGCCAGUGCACAUCCGCGUGACAGGCCUGCCCCCAUUGCAGAUAGUGACCCUCAUGGCAUCUCUGAAGGACGAGAUGGGAAAUGUGUACCGGUCCAAAGCCUUCUUUAAGGCUAAUGAGGCCGGUGAGCUGGACCUGGAGCAGGAUCCUGCAUGUGGAGGUGACUAUGUGGGGGUCCAUCCGAUGGGCCUCUUCUGGUCUAUGAAGUCUGAGAGGCCUUUCUGUAGGCUGAUUAAGCGGGAUGUAAUGAACAGCCCCUUUUGGGUCACCCUGGACCUGUAUGACUCAGUUUGCUUGCAAGAUUCAGUCACGCUUCAGCCCAGGGCCCGCCAGACGCUGCAGCGCUGGUUCUCGGUUCCUGAGGUGCAGCGGGUGCAGAUCCGAGAAGGUCGCGUGCGAGGAGCCCUUUUCCUCCCGCCAGGGGAAGGCCCUUUCCCAGGAAUCAUUGAUUUGUUUGGGGGCAUUGGGGGUCUAGUUGAAUUUCGGGCCAGUCUUUUGGCUGCCCGUGGCUUUGCGAUGAUGGCAUUGGCAUAUUUCGCCUAUGAAGACCUGCCCAGCCAACUGCAGGAGGUAGACCUGGAUUAUUUUGAGGAAGCUGCCAACUUGCUACUAGCUAAUCCCAAGAUCCAAAAGCAAGGAAUCGGAGUGCUCUCCAUAAGCAAAGGUGCGGAGGUAGGGCUGGCCAUGGCCUGCUACCUGAAGCAGGUGGCAGCCACUGUCUGGAUCAAUGGGACCAACGCCAUCUUUGAGUCUCCGCUCAAGUACAGGGAUAUGGUUAUGACACCCAUCCCUUCGUUUCCGGAGCGCGUGCAGAUGGACGUCUCGGGGGCUGUGCGACUCCGCCACUACAAGGGGGACCCCCGGGAUAAACUGAAUCAGCAGAGCGUGCUUCCUGUUGAAAAGGCCCGGGGUCCUAUCCUCUUCAUUGUAUCAGGGGAUGACGAAUGCUUCAAUAGCAGAGAAUAUGCGGAGCAGGCCCUGGACCAGCUGCGGAGCCACGGGAGACGCAGCGGGAGAAUGCUGGUCUACCAGCGGGCGGGCCACCUCUUAGAGACGCCCCACGCGCCCUCCUGCUAUGCUUCUUGGAACCAGAGCCUUUCCGCCCCCGUGCUCUGGGGAGGGGACCGUAUUGCUCAUGGUGCAGCCCAGGAGCGCUCCUGGGCAGAGAUCCAGAAAUUCUUCAGGCAACACCUCCUUCCGACCAGAGGCAAAAUCUAA